CGCCGCCAUGUCGUUGCUGUGCUACAACCGGGGCUGCGGCCAGCGCUUCGACCCCGAAACCAACACGGAGGGAUCCUGCACAUACCAUCCAGGUGUGCCAGUCUUUCAUGAUGCUCUCAAAGGUUGGUCAUGUUGCAAGAGAAGAACAACAGACUUUUCUGACUUCCUAAGCAUUGUGGGCUGUACAAAGGGUCUCCAUAACAGUGAGAAGCCUCCUGAGCCUGUUAAACCAGAAGUCAAAACUACCUCUGAACGAAAGGAACUAGCUGAACUGAAACCCAGAUUUCAAGAACACAUAAUUCAGGCACCAAAACCAUUGGAAACAAUUAAAAGGCCAAGCCCAGAUGAGCCAAUGACAAAUUUACAGCUGAAAGUGUCAGCUUCCUUGAAGCAAGCACUAGAUAAACUGAAGCUGUCAUCAGAAAACGAAGAGAAAAAAGAGGAAGACAGUGAUGAAGUCAAGAUUGGGACGGCAUGUAAAAACGCAGGCUGUUCAAAAACGUACCAAGGACCAGAGAGCACAGAAGAAGUAUGUAUAUACCAUUCUGGUGUACCUAUAUUCCAUGAAGGGAUGAAGUAUUGGAGCUGCUGUAAAAGAAAAACAUCUGACUUCAAUACAUUUUUAGCUCAAGAAGGCUGCACAACAGGAACACAUGUAUGGACUAAAAAGGAUGAGGGUAAGAAAGUAGUUCCAUGCAGGCAUGACUGGCACCAGACUGGAGGAGAAGUGACUAUUUCUGUGUAUGCUAAAAACUCUGUUCCUGAUCUGAGCUACGUAGAAGCAAAUAGCACAAUGUUAAAUAUCCAUAUUGUAUUUGAAGGAGAUAAGGAAUUUCAUCGCAGUGUGAAACUAUGGGGAGUAAUCGACGUAAAGAGAAGUUAUGUGAACAUGACGGCUACAAAGAUCGAGCUCACUAUGAGGAAAGCAGAGCCCCUGUUAUGGGCAAGUCUUGAAUUACCAGUAUCCAACACACAACAACAAAAAGAGAGUUCAGAUCAAUAAUGAUUCCAAGAGACAAGUUAUUUCCAUUAUGAAGUGGUGACUUGCUACUGUAAUCAAAUAUUUUAACUUUUAUAUAGAGUCAUUUUUUUUAUACUUGAUCGUAUGUUCCAUUAUACAAAGAAAUUUGAUGUAUGGUAAAUGGGGGUGUAAGCUGGAAGGGUAAUAGCUAUUUCUGCUCUUGCUCCAGUGAGUGUAUUUAUGCUAGUUGAAGUGUCUCCAUGGAGAUCUAGAGUAAAAAGAGCUGUUGCCCUUUGCUUAUAACCUUACCUACCAUGUACUGACUAUCUAAAUAGAUGUGAUUUCUGUCCACUGUGAGUGCUGAAUUUUCAAGUAUUCAGUUUAGACUGGAUCUGCUGGGUGGCACAUGUUAGAUUCAGUACUGUUCCGUUCAGUAUGAAGCAUACAGUAAUACAGAUACAAAAAUCUGAGUUCAUGAAAUGGUUAGCAUGCAGUUCUACAUCUAGAAUAAAAAGACAUAUAAAUAUCAAAAAACACAGGCUUACGUUUCUGUCUUCUGAAACUAAGGUUUGUUUCAGUUCCAGUUGGCUGUGGAGGGAUGGAAUAAACAGUAUUUUGCUAAGGAUUUCAGUACUGCUGACUCUUGCAGUCUUUCAUGUAUAAAAGCAGGAGGUCAGAUUGAAAUAAAAAAAGUAAGUGGACAGUGAAAUGGCUGAAUAACUUAGCAUCUCAUCUGUGGAGACUAUACAAACAGCAGACUAUUGUGAAAUUACCAGGAUGCUGUAUAUAUUUGACAGGGUAUAUUCUGUCCAAUUCUGCAAUACUUGAAAUUGAGUCUUUUUCUCAAAGUAGGUGGAUAUGUGUAGUAGAAGCCAGUACAUGCUGUAGGUGUUCCAGGAAGUUUUUUUCCAUGAAGAUACGCAUAGCUCUUGUUUCUGAAGAUGGUAAUCUAAAAAGCUAUCUACAGGAUAAAUCUUAGGAGAAACAAAACGCAAGCUUUAAAAUGUCUGUCUCAAAUCAUAAUUGCACUUCUGAAUUGAAAUAUGUUAAAUAUUAUUUCUUACAAGCAGCAUAAGCAAAGCACUGGAAUAUGAUAUUAAGACCUUAUAUUUAUUUGGAGUUCUGCAUCAGUAACAUUUUGUGGCUGAAAACAGAAUAGUUUUAAAGAUGAGACUUUUGCCCAAGCAGCAACACAUGCAGUGACCUUGCUUUCUCUUUUUGCUUCAAAUAGUUUCUUAAUUCUGGGUUGCAACUGAACAAAACCCAGCAUUUUGUGUAUAAGGUCAUGCAAAAUCAUAGAAUCAUAUCAUACAAUGGUUUGGGUUAGAAUGGACCUUAAAGCUCAUCCAGUGUCAACCCCUCUGCCAUAGGCAGUGACACCUUCCACUAGACCAAGUUGCUGAAAGCCCCAUCUAACCUGGUCUUGAGCACUUCCAGGAGUGAGGCAGAUUAAUGCAAGUGGAAGCUUGUACAUCAUUAUUUAUUGUGCCAAAACUUGUAUUUAUAAACAAGCUGUCCUGUGGACUUAGAAAUGUGCAGAUGGUCAUCUGCCUACCUUGGUGGACCUAGGUAAUUACAAGAGGGGCGCAGGACAUAGUAAAGUCAUUCUGAAGUUAAAUAUGGAUUUCUAAGAACCUUAACUGUUCUGUAACAAGUAUAAUUUGACAUGAGCUCAGAGCUCUUUAGCAGUACUUGAAAUCCUACUUCAUGCUUAAAGUAGUAGGAAAUGCAUUACCAAAGAAACCAUCCCCAAGCACCAAGAAAGUCAGGCUGGUGCUACAUGUAUGGAAUUUGCGUUGGUGCUUCUUUACCUUCAUUUCAAGAUCCUGUUUCCUCACAGUCUUGAACAGACUGUGGUUACUUAUUUCCUUGGGCCCCUAUUAAAAGUUUUAGCUCUAAGUUCUGUUUAAAAGGUUCUAUUAACCUCUAAUAAUGCCUUCUGGUUUCUCUUCUCCCUCCCCCCCCCAUAUAUAAAUUUGUCAAUGUCAAAUCAAUGCUGUGAAGUGAUGGAGUGCAAGCUCACAAAAAACUGUAUGCCUGAAAAAGGUCCUCUAAAAAUUGAACAGCUGUUCCCUGAUGUGUUCUGAACUGACAAGCAGAGCUUACAUUGGUGUGAUAGUGAGAAUAGUCACUUCAGUGCUAUUCAAUGAAAAGUUCUAGAUAGCUGUAGCUACUAGCAUGCCAUCUGUGGUUUUGUAUGCAGAACUCUGAACUUGGACAGCAAAAUGAGCAGUGUUCAAAUGCCAGGAUAAAGAUCUUACUUAACAAGCAAGUUCAAAUGUGUGUCUAGCCAUAUGGAUAUAUAAAUAUCCUAUAUAAAUGUUUUCUACAUUUUUAACAUAUUUUCAAUAUAUUUGCAUCCACACAUGCAGUAGGUUUACAUUAUGUAAAAUACAUUUUAAAGAGCUACAAUGGAAAUGGGAUUUGGGGGAAAAAUGGUAUUUCUAGCAAGCUGUGUGCUCCCUUAGUAGACCAAAUGCUAAACAGAGAGCAAUGUUGGUGAGUGGCCCCUUCUGCUGAGACUUUGGGAUCCCCUAAGUUUGAUAGGCUCUUUCAAACUGGUGAUAGCUGAGACAGCUUGGCCAUAAGUAGAAUGCUGCUGUAAUCAUGGUCUUCGCUUUUGCUUUUUAUUCAUUCCUCCUCCUCUUUUCCUGUUGUUCAUACUCUCAGCUCAAACUUAAAGGUGCUUUCAGAGUUCCAUAAUGACUUCUUGUAUCAGUACCAAUAAAUCCCCUUUUAAGUUUCACAUGUUCAAAAUGUAAGCAAGCAUACAAAAGGUCCACAGCUUCAAUGAGGCAGGAAGGUACAGGUUUUACAAGUAACAGUCUAGUUUUCAGUGGCCUGUGAUGUUUUCCAGACUAAAAGGAUAAACUCUCAGAUGGUGUAGACUGCCACAAGUCUUUUAACUGCAUUAAUUCUUAGCAGCUUAUAACUAUGUCUUCAUCAUCAAGCUGCAAAAGCUGCAUCAGUUACCCAAGUUGAAUGUUCUGAGCAGUGCUCAGAGCAGGUUUCAACAUACGGUGUUUGAUCUCAGUAUUUCAUGUAAUAGCACCUCAAAAGAGUUAGGGGUAGCUGAAACUUCAAUGGAAUAUUGCUUUGGCUGUAGCUUUUAGUAGUAAAUGUGGAGAGAAGGUGAAACCAAAAUAAAUCACAGGACUGUCCCAGAAGCAAGGCUUAAAAACUGAUCUUUGACAGUACAGGCUUUCACCUGUCUAAUAAUAGUGAAAUGAAAUUGCAAACAGGUAUGUACUGGAAUACUUGCUGUUAAAUGUACCCUUCUAUUCGAGUUUUCAGAAGUUGUUCUGUAUUUAACAAGUUGGUUAACUUCAUGUGGUAUAGUAUACUUUUAUAACAAAUGAGUCUUUAAAGGCUGUGGUGCGUUUCAGUGUGGGUUUACGUGUUACACACGUAGACAGUGUAUUGCGAGUCUCAGAACUGACUGUUCAGAUGGCAGAUAAAACCUUUCCUCCAGAAUCCCUUUUUAACAUGAAAAAUUGCAUGAGUAUGCAAAUUUGUGACAGAAAUCUUAAUCUUUUCCCUCAUGUAUAAGCCCAUGUUCCUACCUAGCAUUACAUCUGAUACCUGAAACGUUUCUUGGAGGAGCUGGAAUUUAAUGUUAAUAUACCAUUAAGCACUUUGCUGUCCAGCUACUCUGACUCUUAUAUUUUACAUGGCACUGAUGUAACUUGAGAAAACAGAUCUUCCAUGGGAUGAUCUUCUGGAACAUGUACAUUAUCAAGUCACCAUUUCAGUAGUUUAGGGAUUAGUUUUACUAGGAAUUUUGCCUUGAACAGAAGAAUUACUUAUUCUACUUAAUGAUGCAUUUUUUGCUUGCACUCUUUACACAUAGCAUGAGUAUUGGCUAAAUACUUGUUAAUCACUGGCCUUGCCCAAUUGCUACUAAAUUUUUUUUCAUCUGUGUUCAGGAACAAGAUCCUUUUUAAAGCUAUGAAUUAUGUGUCUGGAACACUGUUUUAAGGUGGUAAUAAUAUUGCCAUUACAAGAGUCUUGAAUUACAGUUGGAAGGGGGGAGAUGUCUGUUUGCAUGGUUGUUUGAUUCUGCACAUUCAGAAAACUUACCUGCAGAAAUUAAUCUCAUGUCUUCAUGCUCUAGUUUGUUUUUUAAAUGUAUUCAAUAAAAUCCUUAUUACAUACUGGUUGCA